CCGGCCCCACCAUGGCUCAGCAGGUCCCAGUCCAGGCGAUCCAGGUGCACCAGGCACCGCAGCAAACGUCUCCCUCUAGUGACAGCAGCACUGACCUUACCCAGACCUCUUCCAGUGGAACAGUGACCCUCCCGGCGACCAUCAUGACGUCGUCUGUGCCAACCACUGUGGGUGGCCACAUGAUGUACCCCAGCCCACACGCGGUGAUGUAUGCGCCAACAUCUGGCCUUGCGGACGGUGGACUUGCAGUCCUCAACGCUUUCUCACAGGCGCCCUCAGCGAUGCAGGUGUCCCACGGCCAGGUCCAGGAUCAGGGUGGCGUCCCCCAAGUGUUCCUCACAGCUCCAUCAGGCACCGUUCAGAUCCCAGUCUCAGCUGUCCAGCUUCACCAGAUGGCUGUCAUCGGGCAGCAGAGCAGCAGUGGCAGCAGCCUGACGGAGCUGCAGGUGGUCAACUUGGAGACCUCACACAGUGCCAAGAGUGACUGAGAGGCCUCUGCUGCCAGCCUUGUGCUAUCCCUGGCCUGUCAUACCAGUGCUGGGGCUGGCGGCAAUUCCUCGUACAGACUGCACCAGUUAUUUAUUGUUGCCUUUUCACGUUUCCUUCAUCCACACAUGCACACACACACACGCACCCACCCACACAUACACACAGGCAUGCGCGUGGGGCUGCAGGACCCACCGAGGGUGGAGCUGUGCUGGGGCCAUGCAGGGCUUGGGGGCGUUUGGAUGCUGCAAUAGCUGUGCUUGUCUCAUGCCAGCCAAAGAAACUUGUCUCUUGAGGGGAGGAUUGCUCUGCGCUGUAAAUAAAUACUGCAGACCAUUCCCAGCUGGAGGCUCUGGCUCCUCCCAGGUGCUCUGAGUCACCUUGCCCAUGAGCGUUUGCUCUGUGUGGGGCUCAGCUCAGACCCAGAGCUGUCCUGUGGGCACAGCUCGGAGCAGAGCAUUCCGAGACUGUGCUGCUGGCCUCAGCAAUGUGCCUUUGUGGGGGUGACAGGUCCUGGCUGCAGCAACUCACCCUGGGCUCUGGACAGGGGAGAGUGGCCAGCUUGCAUGUGCAUCGCUGGUUGGGCCUACAUGCCCUCCCUCUGGAGGGUAAGGCACAGCCUGUGGCACGUAGCCCUAUCCUCCUCGAAUGCACUACAGUGAGCCCUCUGCUCUCCGUGCCUCCUCACUGGGCUGCCUGACAGACUUGCAGACUGCCUGGCUCUGCCCUGGUGGCUGCCCUAGCACAGCUGAGGUGGUUGGUGGAUGCCCAGGAGCACAACGAUGCCCCGGAGAGCUCCUGGGGGGAGAGGCUCUGUGGCGGGCCCAGCCCCACACUUUACUCUCAGCCCUCGCGCUGCUUGUGGACCCUGUACAUCCAGGGGAACGUGGCCGGGUCUUCCCGCAUCCCCCUGCAGCUCCAGCCAGCGCUUUCUAAAUUUCUGUGUCUGAUGCAAGGUGGAGAAACAACUCAAGUGUCAAAGGGAAGAGCCCAUGGGGCACUGAGCUGCAGGGCAGGUGGCAGGCUUUUCCUCUGAGCACCAGGGUGACCUGCAGACCAUCCUGGGUUGUGGAGGAGCAGCUGUGAUGCCUGUGUGUAGGCUCAGGAAGGCCCGGGGAGAAGGGCUGGAGCAUGCUUGGUCCUGCAUGGGAGUUGCUGUGAAUGGCUCUGCUACCUAGCCCUGUCCCUGGAGGGAGAGUGAGCAAGUGAGAGAAGCUGCUGAAUCCUUAGGGGAAGAAGCAGCUGCUGUAACUUUUUUUUUUUAAGUUAAAGACAAAAGAAGCCUUGGAGAAAAAAAAAA